GAGGAGAGGGCGCACCAAGCCCUGCUCGCUUUGGAACAGUCAACGGUGGCUAACGCAACGUCGAGCCAGGACUAUGAGCAGGCUCUGGCGGCUUUCGAAGGUGUGAGGGAGGAGGUGCGGAAGAUGAGCGAGGAUGUCGAGAAGUCGGAGAGGACGAUGCUGGAGAAGCAGCAGACAAUGGAGCAGGACCUUGCGGAGAAGAAGCGGCGCCUGGCUGACAAGGAGGCAUCCCUUGAGGAAGCCGAGAAGACAAAGGAGGCGAAGAGGGCAGAAGCUGAAGAAGCAGGGCAGCUUGUUGACAAGCACAAGUCAGGGCACGAGGAGGCAGAUUCAGCUCUGCAUGCAGCUCGUGCGGCUUUGGAAGAACAGCAGACGCUCCGAGAUGAGGCCAUCGCGUCGCACGACAUAGCGAAGGCUGAGGUCAUUGAGGCAGCAAAGCAAAAAGAGGAGCUCGAAAAGAAGCAUCGUCGCGAGCAAGAGUCUCUAGAGCUUCUCAAGAAAGUGAAGCGAGAGAUCGAAGACUUCUACAAGGACACCGAUGCUCUACAGGCGAGUGUGGCGAAGGAGGAGGCGCGGAAUCCAGAGGUGCCGGCCCAUGAGCUUCUGGCCCAGAGCCCCAAGUUAAAACCUGCCCUGGUAAGCUACAACGACGUGGUCAAGGCCUUUUUAGAAGUUUUCGUCCAUGAAGCCGAUCAUCUUCUCUAUGGCACGAUCCAACCCGCCGUGGCGCAGAUUAAGCGGAACUCAUGGCAGGAAAUCCUAGCAGUGUGUGACGCGGAUGUAGAGCGAGAGAAGUCUUUUGAUUUGCACGUUGGCCAAGGUGACCCAGGUGAAGAACUGGAAAUGGAAGCUGAGAAGAAGAACAACUUUGAUGAACUUCAAGAGAAGUGUGGGGCCGGACUCUGGAAAGUUGUUGGUUUGAGCCGCUUGUCAUUUCCAAGCUACAACGGGGCAUCCGAGCAAGUGGAGGAGUGGUGGGACGAGGUUGGGGAGACGGUGGAGGAAUAUUCUGUGCGCGAGCGUUCCAUGGAGUCUGCCGUCGGGACUGAGCAGCCCACCACGAGCAAAGAGGAUCCGCUCUCCGAGACUAGCUCGAUGUCCGCAGCUUCUCCAGUCCAGGUGCAGUCAAAGGUAACAGAAAGUCCCGGAGACCUUCACUCAAUGCAGAAGGUCGAGGAUACGUUGAUCUUCUGCCGGACUCCUGAUGUGAAAGCAUCCAGAUGCAUCCAUCCAUCGCUCGGGUCGAACUCAGUGAUCCUGAAAUCCCGCGGGCAGGUUGCAGCCGGCUUGUCUGUGACUCGAUCGUUUGGAGUCGGGCCCUUUGCCUUCGACUUGUCUCCUGAUGUGGAUUUCAAAGUUCCGGUCGAGGUGAUCACUGCAGUGCCAGAGCUGUCAGCCUUUGCGAUUGACCCCGAAGAAGACGUCAUGCUCAUUCUCGUAACCGACGGAAUAACCGGAAGUGUGUCGGAUGUGGAGGCCGUGCGCCUGGCCUCUGGGCCGCUUCGCGAGGGUGGAGCUGAUGCUCCCGAGCGGGCAGCACGGGCAUUGGUGGAGGUGGCUCAUACGCGAGAACCCUCAGACGACAAGACUGCCAUGGUCAUUUGGUUUGGCGGAUCACCUGACGAGAGAAUGAACGCCACCUCCGGCAGCACUGAUGCAGUGGAG